ACGGUACACACGUGUUUUGAGUCUUGCAGGUUUGAAGGUUGAAGAAGUACCGGGUAGGUCUCUUGUCCAUCGCUCGCUGGAGAGGGUCACCAGGACGGCGUGUUCGUGGGUAAAGCUGGGUGUGAGCAGCACUGCAGCGCAGACAUGGAUCCCAUGAAGGCACAGCAGCUGGCGGCGGAGCUGGAGGUCGAGAUGAUGGCUGACAUGUACAACCGCAUGACCAACGCCUGCCACAGGAAGUGUGUACCGCCAAUUUACAAUGAGCCAGAGCUGACAAAGGGGGAGUCUGUGUGCUUGGACCGCUGCGUUGCCAAAUACCUGGACCUUCACGAGCGGCUAGGACGCAAGCUGACCGAGCUCUCCAUCCAGGACGAGGAAAUGAUGAGGAAGGCAUCUGUGGGAAGUGGAUAGACUCUAAUGAAAGGCUCAAAGUAGAGCAUUGUGGGGGAUUAAAAGGUUAUGGGUUAUUGAGUGGGUUAGGGUUUUGUUUGGGAAAUCAAUAGAGUGUGAAGAAUAAUGCUGUUGAGGGUCCACGGAGAGAAACUGCAGUUCAGGAUGAGACGUUGGAUGGGGCUCAAGGAAUCACCGGAGGACCUGGUGGAGCGACGGCACGAGGACGUCUAGAAACGGCUCACUGCUCCACCAGCCUCUCUGCAUGCGUCUGAGUUUUUCAUUCAGCUUGGCUCGGUCCUCAAGAAGUCACCUGAUAAUUGAGUGAAAGGAGCGAGGCUGUGUAAUAUCUCUAAUCCAUGCUCUGUGUCUGUUUUUAGCUGCGUAGAGUCCCAGAAGGGUGCUGCCUCUUCUGCACAAACUCAAAUACUGGCAGGUUAAAACAAACACUAUUUACAUUUAGUAUUUGUUCCCACAUGACCCUUUGAACUUGGGUGAAUUCUUUUAUUUUUUUUGAAAGUGGGGAAAGUAAACAUGGGCCCUCUUCAUAAUGUUGCAACACAACAUGGUAGUCAAGUCGACGCGUUGUUCACAAUUACAAAUUGUCUGUUAUGCAGACAGGGUUCUUUACAAUACCUUGAAAUACAGUAACUCAAAUACAGAUGGAUGAGGGUAUGUGCUAAAUGAAUUAUGUAUGGCAGUAUCGUUUGUCCUUUUUUUAAACACAAGACUGCAUCGUUUACUCUCUUUCAGGCCUGUGUUGGAUUUGUCAGUAAACUCGGAUACAGACUACCAGCCAGGUCGUUCCGGCUACACGGACGUGUGAUGAAGAUAGAUUUAACUCGAUACUUGUGCAGACUAUGUUGUGCUAUAUGUGACUGGACCAUGUUUCUUUUUUUGUUUUCAUGUGCUAACCGCUGUGUCAGUGACGCAGCUUUUUAUCUGCAUAUUGGAGAAGCUGCACAGUGUGUCGUUAUUAAGAACUCUAAUAAAACUGUCAUUUAUUUUAA